CUUGAGAAAUGACCUACCCCAGAAGACGUUUUUCUCUUUUCUUCUGGUGCAAGCGUACCUCUUUCGGAACCGAGAGAAUUAACCUUUGAGACAGAAAAGGCUCAUCAGUCGAUUCAGAUUGUAGAACAGAACACGGUGGUCUUGCGCUUGUGAUCUCGAGUGUUCGGAAGGAACCGACAGGGCAAGGACAGGCAGAAGUCGAGUUUCCGCAGGCAAGAUGCUUGCAGUGUCGGCUCCUCGGAAAUGGGGGUUUCUCCUCUACUUGCUUCUUUCGCUGGACAUUUGUUCACAAGCGUCGUUGAUCAAUGGAGUCGCUGCCCAGUGUUGAGUCUGGUGAAGGAAGUGUCACUCCUACUGAGCAACAGCAGAGUCAUUUGCGAGCGAUGGUCGAGAAGAAAAAAUCCCGGAUCCUGGUCGGCGGUUUCGAGGAAAUGCUGCCUCUGGGUCAUGGACUGCCUUUCCACAUGGGAGAAAUGGCUAUGCCUGAGCCAGUUGCCGUUGCUCCUCAGAUGAUUCCAUUUCCUGUUCAAGUGCCGGCUUCCCCGCCAGGAAAGAGUAUGAACAAACACCUUGCGGACGUGCCCAGGGACGACAUCAAGCCAAAGUAUCAACGCAGGGAAAACGUUAUCACCACUGACGUUUCUUGGGUGUGUCCAGACGGUUUUUCGACGGCCGGGGACGAAUGCGUCAAGUACGAUCAGAAACCGACGAAAUUGGGGUGUCGUGAGGGAUGGACAUUCGUCGACGGCAGCUGCAAAGGGGCUAAUGUGUUGCCCCCAGCUCUUAAUUGUGACCCAGGAUUCGAUGACGUCAAUGGCCAGUGUAUCCACAUAGUUGUAGCUCCGAAGCAGAUUCUAUGCCCAGUCGGUUACGUUCUUCACGAAGACCACUGCAUCCAAGAAACAACCACCAAACCCGAUUUCGUCUGUCCCGAAGGAACGGUGUUUUCUGGGAACGAGUGCGUACGACCCACGAGCUUCGAGCCCACAGCUGCGUGUCCACCUGGUUUCGAGUUGUACAAGAACCACUGUCGCCGCGAGAUCCUGAAACCGAGCACAGGCAAAUGUCCUCCUGGAAUGACCCCAGCAGGGCACAACUCGUGUGUGCACCAGCAAGUCGCGGAGGCUAAGAUCAACUGUCCUGCUGGAUUCCAGAUGGUCCAGGGGGCCUGUAUCAAUCACCAGGCGGUCAGCCCCAGCCUCAGUUGUCUCGAAGGGUUUCUGGAGCACGGUAAGUGUGUCGUAUGGCUCGAGGACCCCCCCCAGAUGGCUUGCCCCAAAGGUGCCACAUUUCAACAGAACCAAUGCGUCGUCGAGCACACCGUUCAGACCAUUCAGCAGUGCCCGCCGAACUCCGCGUACGAUUCACGGAAACAGCUGUGCGUUGGACCGCACCAGAAAUCGCCACCUAUGCGAGGUUGUCCUCCCGGCUAUGUGCAAGACUACGGGAAAAAAGGAUCUACUUGCACACUCAUUAAAACGUCUGCUCCGGAGCCGGUCUGUCCCCCAGGGAUGACGUUCGACCCGGUGAAGAACGCCUGUAAAAGCGUCAACAAAUUCGAGCCGCAGGCAUCGUGUCCGCCUGGAUCGCAGCUGAGUGGCGACCAGUGUUUCUACAGGGACCAGGCACAGCCGCAGGCUCAAUGCCCGCCGGGUUUCGUCUACAACGAGAAAGACCGUUUAUGUCAGCAGACGACUGAGCAGUCUCCACAACAAGAAUGCCCACCAGGUUUCACGCUCAAUUUGGAUGGAACCUGCAAACGCGCAGAGUCUGUUCAGCAAGACCUGGCGUGUCCGCCCGGAUCCGUCCUUCAGCACCAAGGCAAGUCGGCGAGGUGCGUCGGGGAGCAACGGAUGAACCCUCAGCAAGUCUGUCCGCCUGCUUUCGAGGCGCAUGUCAAUCCAGACGGAACGAUUUCAUGCGUGGGCCAAAACGCAGCCGCGCCGAAGCUCUCUUGUCCGCCAGGAUUUGUUGAUCAAGGCUUUCAGUGCGACAAACAGGAAGUAGGGCCUCUCCGGUCCUCGUGCCCCGUCGGUUUCGUCCUCAUGGACCACCAGUGCGUCCACGCUGUGGAGGAAGCUCCGGUGCUGAUGUGUCCCGUUGGGUACAAGCUCUACCGGGGCGUUUGCGUCAAGCAGAUGAAGACGAACCCAACCCCCAUCUGCCCACCGGGGUUCAAGUACGAUGCCCUAACUGGCAAGUGCUACAAAACGGAGGUGAAGUACGACUUCGAGAACGCCCUCCCACUGCAGGAACAGCCCAAGAAACCCAAGGAAGAAGCGCUGCUUCCUCUCGAAGAAACCACCACCACGACUCGAGCUCCUGCGCCCAUGCCAAUCGCACAACCUAUGCAGGCGAUGGCGCCAAUGAUGUCGGCUGCCGCCCCCGCGAUGCAGCCCCAGCCUACAACCGUUCAGAUUAUUUCUCAGCCCGUCCCCAUUCCCUCGCCCGUUGUGUAUUUACCUCAACAAGCGCCGCCUCCCAUGCCCAUGCUGCCGCCUGUGUUGCCGCCGCCUCCUCCGCCUGUGCCGGUCCCCGUGUUUGUCCAAGCUCCUCCCCCGCCUCCUCCUGCAAAGAAAGUCCAGCACGUUCCAGUUGCGCACCACCAGACGGUUUUGGCCGUCGAAGAGAAAAAGAAAAAGCGAUGGUUCUGAUCGAUUGACACUGCGUGACUGCGGUGUCUUCUUCGAGAUGUAAUUGUGACUCGGCGUGUCCCAGAAUGGGGAAAGGAAAUGUUGUGAACAUGUCUCCGUGAGGCAACAGUAUCACCUGCUGAGCUGCGCCACGCUUUCUUUUGCUCCCCGCAAUGCUGCAGAAAAACCCAAUGUACAGUUGUCAUCACUCGCGUCUGUGUGUUGUCUGUGUGUUACAAGUUUUCGGAUUUCCGUCUCCGUGAACGGGUGCGACAGUAGCUUUUCUCCGGGAUUUCGCGCUCCAGAGGCUACCACCCAACAAUCGAAGUGUAGUACGCUUCAGACUGUGUGCCCGCAAUGUUGAAAUUCUUAGAGUCCACG